GCUGCGGUGCGUGACGUUUUGUUUUGCUUCCUCGCGUGCGGUGAUGACGUAACCGUUGAGCGUGAGGAAAAAGAAAACGAAAUGGCGGUUGGUUGGCUUGAAAACGGUGCUGCCGUCGUGCUCGUGUGUGAUUUGAUGCAAUCAAUUAUUGCUGGUUUAAUGCAAAUACGAGAUUUGCAGCUGAUUGCAUUAAAUCACGGAUAUUUAAUUGAAACGAAAUCGGUAUCGUUCGGCGAACAAUUUCAGUUGUACUAAAACACAUUUAGACCACGGCACAGAAAACAUCGCAACAGAACUGAACCGCUGGUCGUAAACACGUGCGAUUGUUUGCCUGCCUGUCAAGCCGGGUGACGUUUGACAACACCAACAAAUCCAUUCCGCUCGGCGCAAUUUCUUGCUGUGUGCUGUGCAUAUUUGGCUCUCGGAAGUCGGUUUUGCUGGUAAGGAAAGAUGGCUGCAAACCAGGCAGUAAACAUAAGCGUGGACGAUGGCAUACCGCUGGACUUUUUGGCUGAAAUGCACGUCGCCAUGGAUUGUUUGCCGGUGGACGAGGAGGAAGCGAACCGUAUCAUAGCGGAAAAGCUACGCCGCGAGCAACAGGAACGGGUGCGACGGUUUAACAAUGCCUGGAACAUACAGCCGAUCGAGCACGAGGAAGUGACGGCGAACCCACGCAUUGUGGCCAGCAGCAGCAGCAGCAGUGUUGGCGUGAAGGUCCCGCUGGUGGAAUCCGUGCGCGAUCCACGAAUCAUUGCUCGCAACACACAGACGCUGCUGGAGACUGCGAUCAUCCAGCGUCAAACGUACCCAGCGAUUGGGCCGCUCAAUGAACCUUCGCCGCAGGUGGAUGCCGUCAUCCAGCAGAAGAAAGCAAGGGCGAGAAUGCAUUCCGCGAACCAGGUGAACCUCGUCGAGGAGGAUGAUGAUGACGACGGAGUAGUGGUGUUCGAAGAGGAGCCACCGUACAACGAGGAACCGCGCCGCAAGGAACGUUCGAGGGUAGCCACCCGGAGUAGCAGCGCAGCAACCGCUGCCCAGCAGCAGCGUCUGCAUGACACAGGCAGGUCCCAUCCCCGGGGACGUCAAUCCCGGCGCCGCCACUCGCGUAGUCCAUCGCGGAGUCCAACACAUCGGCGGCGUAAAAGCCACAAUCGGUCCCGGAGUAGACACCGGAGCCGUUCCUACUCCCGGUCGCGGUCCAGUUCGCCCUGUUCGGAACACUCGCACGGAACGGUUGACUCGCGCGGACGAUCAUCCCGCAAGGCCCCAGUGGUGGAUCAGACGGCAAUGCUGCAGAUGAUGGCCAUGACGAUGCAGAUGUUUAACCAAAUGAACGGCACUCAGCUUCCCAUGCCAGCGGGCGCGGAUCAUGUACCGUAUGCUGCUGCUAUGAAUCCUAUCCCCGGAUUGCCGGAUGAGCUAGCACCACCACAGCUAACACCGGCUGCGUUCCGCAAUAUGUUUGCCAAUAGAGCUACCUCAACUCGAGGGGGACGUCCCGAGGAAGUGGUGGACAGAUCCGGCGAUUUGUCUACAGAUGCUGUCGAGAACCAAGAGGCAAAGUACGACGUGUCGACGGAGCUUUUCCUCGAGGGUAAACUCAGCUUCUCUGAUUUCCUUUCUAUGAAGCCUUCCUCCACCAGGAGCGAUCAAAUUGCCGCGGUCGAUCCGAAAGUUCCCAAACGAAUCAAUCAAGCGAUAUCGGUGCUGGAGCAGCAAGAUACGAAGAAGCAAUCCGCUCGCUUCCUGUACGUUCCACCAACGUUUUACGACACCGAGGAGGACAGACAGCAGCGGCAUCAGCAGCAGAUUCACAGCCGUUCUCCAUUGGUCUGGAACAAUCAGAACGUUUUGUUCCAAUUUACGUCCAGCGCGAAGGAAGCGAAACAGUGUCAACCGUUUCGCAAUGUGAACGCCAAACUAAAAGAUCUCGUCCUAAAGCUGGGCCUUGACGAGGGUAUCGUCUCGCAGCAGCUCGAAAAAGUGAUGCAUGCGGCCACUGCUGCUGCCGAAAAGAACGCGGACAACAAUAGUGCGUCGGCGUUAUCCAGUCGCAUUCACGCCAUCACGACAGUGCCGGCCACACCCGGCAGUGGCAAAGUACGCCAUCUGAUCGAUCGUUCCGUACAGACGGACGGAUACGCCUGUAUGCAGUGCGUUGCGCGGAGCAAAAAAACGUUCGUUUCCUCGUUCUCGCAGACAGCGGCCACCGUGCUGCGGGUGGACGCGGAGAUGCAAACGAGCGGUCCGCCACUAUCCGCCCCCAACACCCUCACGCUGGACGGGUUGAAUGCGGAACAGAUAGAGACGGUCGAAGCGAUCGUGCGCUUCAUCCGUGCCCGACAGUUGGCCGGCACGAUCGAAAGCGUACAGCACGCACUGCGCAACGAUCGAGUCGUUUCGGCCGGCAUGACGCCGGCGAUUCAACACAACGCCCAACGGCUACUGGCGCAGAUGAAGUCCGCCGAUGUGCAGCAGCGUACCGAUUCUUUCGCCGUCGGCAGCUACCAUCAACAGCAGCACAACAGCCUUGGUUACUAUAGCAACAGCUAUCAAUCGACGAUGCCACAAGCGUCGCAGCUGCAGCAGCCCUUGCCACACUAUGACACGCCGCGGGAUGCACGGUUCCGGCAUCCCGGGAGUGGCAUCACGCGAACUGUCCGCACUACGACGACCACCAUGGCCGAGCAAAUCAUUCCGGCAUGCUACGAUAGCCAACCGCAACUGUCGAAAAAAACAAAGAAGAGGUUAAAACUCCAACAAAGCCAGCAACAGCUUCAACAUCAACAACGCUGGUGAAAGAGAGAGAGAGAGAGAGAGUAUUCGCCAUUGGCAACGCGACAUACGUAUUUCUACUUCCGCGUGCAGUGCGCGCUCUUCCUAUCAAAUGUUUAGGUUUAACUUUUUUCAUUUCAUUCAUUAAGAAGCUUACGGGCGUUUUCACGCUCUUCUAACCACUGAAUUACGUACAUUUGAAUUUCUCUGUUUAAGUUUUUUUGAAAAAUAAAAUUGCAUCCAUUUAUUACAUUUGUAA